CGUCAGCGGUAAGUUCGUCCGUGUCUCUGUCGUGAUUAUUAUUCUUCGCUGUCGCGCGCGCGCGCAUAAUACACACACACACACACGCGCGCGCACACACUGACGAUUGCGGCGCGCGCACGCACCGACGGACGGAGACGCGUUACCACAGGCGGCGGCGACAGAAUCAACGACAGCAGCAGCGAGAGCGGCAGCAACAGCAACAGCAGCUCGCCGCCCGCGUUCACCACCGCGACGACGACGAACGCCGUCGCCGCCGCCGCCACCACUUCCGACGUCCGACGUCCCUACCGUCACCGCCGCCGUUACCACAGCGAUCACACCGCCACCGUUGCUCCACUGUCACGUUAUUGUCUCGCUGUGAACAACGUCGCGUCGCAUUGUCGUCCGUUUCCUCUGCGCUGCACGUCGAUCGCUUAUCGCCCGCGAUCACCGGCCACCAACAGCGUCCCGUCAACCGGCACCACGUGCGUGUUCACCAGCGAUCACCGUAAAAAAAAAUAUAUUGGAGGAAUUUACUUGAAAAAAGGUCUAAAAAGGUAGCAAUCAGUGGAAUUUACAUGCGCCCAUAUGAAUGAUGAUAUAACAAUUAACAAAAAUCAAAAUCGUUUAUUACCUUGUCGAGAGUGACAAAAAUGUACAAGUAACAUUAAUCACAUUUACGCUGACGAAGAAAAUCGAUUAGAAUGAGCCCUAACGCUACAGACUCGAGUACCAUACUCAGGGAGGAAAGGAAGAUCCCGAACGGUUGUACGAAUGGAUGGCCCAGCAUGUCGGAUUCGACUGAGAAACAAUGUUGGAAAGGUCAAGCUUUCCUCAAAAUCAACGAAAUCGUCGCUCUAGUCAAGCACUACAGUUUGCGAGCUUAUAUCAUAUUUUGGCACGAGCUGUCGAUGAACCCGAGGGUGAGGAGCAGUCCUUUCAGUCCUCCCCCCGCCGACGAAUUGGUCCUGUCCAAAUCCGACGUGUUCAGUACGAGGCGUCGACGAUUGUUUUUCUUGAGCAUUCAUUUACUGGCACUGGCCGGUCUUUACCUAUGUGUCACUGGUCAGGUGAAGUUGUACACCGUUAUGUUCGCGAUGGCGUGGGGCACCAUGUCGUCGAUCGGCGUGACGGCCGGCGCGCACCGGCUGUGGUCGCACCACGCGUACAAGGCCAAGUGGCCGCUGCGCGUGCUGAUGGCCCUCAGCCAGACGGUUGGCGUGCAGUACAGCGUGUACAACUGGGUGCGCGACCACCGGCUGCACCACAAGUACACGGACACGGACGCGGACCCGCACAACUCGAACCGCGGGUUCUUCUACUCGCACGUCGGAUGGGCGCUGAUCAUGCCGCACCCGGCGUUCGAGUCCAAGGUGAACACCGUCGACAUGGCCGACAUGGAGGCAGACUGGGUGGUCAUGUGGCAGUACAGGCUGUACGCGCCGCUCGCGUUCCUCCUGUCGUACGCGCUGCCCACCGUCCUGCCGUGGUGGCUGUGGGGCGAGGACCUGCUGGUCGCGCACCUGGUCGCCGCGCAGCUCCGCCACGUGCUCACGUUGCACUCCACGUUCCUCAUCAACAGCGCCGCGCACAUGUGGGGACUUAGACCGUACGACAAGAACAUCAACCCUACCGAGAACAUGUUGGUGUCGGUGGCCACAUGCGGCGACGGGUGGCACAACUACCAUCAUACGUUCCCGUGGGACUACAAGAACGCCGAGCUGCUGGACUACAAGCUGAACCUGUCCACGUUGGUCAUCGACAUGUUCUCGCUGAUCGGGUGGGCGUACGACCUGAAGACCGUGCCUGCCGAGCUGGUGAACAAACGUGCGCUGCGCACGGGCGACGGCACGCGCAAGAACACGGGCGCUGGUGACGCUUCGACGACGUCGCCUCCGCCACCGCCGACCAACGUAUACGGUUGGACCGACAACGAUUUGCCCGAGGAAGACCGGCAAAUGGCUCAAAUAUACAAAAAAAGCGAUUAGUACGGGAAUGGUGUUUUACCUAUUAUUUUUUUUCUGUUUUUUAUUAUUAUUAUUAUAUCAUAAUCUCUUUUUUUCU